GGGGGAAGAAGCCAAUUAACCUGCAGAUCUAUGGUAGCAGGUGCAAACUCCACCCGAGGCACCGUCUGAAGAAGGGUCUCAUCCCUAGACGUCCCCCAUCUCCAGGGAUGCUGCCUGCUGAGUUACUUCAGCAUUUUGUGUCUACGGGAUUGAACGCUGGUCUCCGAGGCAGCAGCUUUACCAACAGGGCCGCAUUUCUUAACUGUUUCUAAUUGAGGUUGAGGAUCGAUACCCCUGGGGAGACUGACUGCAGAAGGCAGAGGUUCGGCUCCCGCUCUGGCCUUGACUCUGGUUCUGGCAAUCAAUGAGCGCUGGACCCCACGAUAAACAUCACCUGUUGUAGUAAAUAUCAGCAUCUCGGGCAAGGCUUGCUGCUUCUGAAGUGCUCACGGAAGUUCUCUCCAGGGAUACUACCUGACCCGCUGAGUUGCUCCAGCAUUUUGUGUCUAUAUUCGGUGAUUUAAGUAUAAGCCAUCUCGGAAUCAUUGCGGAAGAAACUUCCUUGUGGCUCUGUCCCCCAAUCUACAUAAUACUGGCUCCCUUUUGGUCCAGGGAGUAAAAUGGAGCAAAAGCUAUCCAAAGAAGCCUUUGUCAGCAACUUCAAUGGUACUACUCUGACUGAGAAUUCAGUGGGUUUGGUUUCAUGUGCAUUGCCUGUUGCCUAUCGAGGCUUGAUUUUAAUGUAUUUCUUUGGAGAAAACACCGAAUCGACAUGGAAAAGAUUCCUAUUCGUUGACUUUGUUGUACUGGUGGCACCUCUUGUAUUGUAUUGCACUGUUUUGUCAGCUGUGCUUCAUUGGGUGGUGCUGGUUCUAGCAGUUGUUCUGGUGAUAUCUGUAUUUCAGAUAUACUAUCAAAGAAAACGACGUGCCCAUCAACACUUGAAAGAAGUCAUAGCAGGAUUUUUGGAUACCAGCCUGGAUAUGAAUCGUAUUCCCUUUGUCACUUUGUUUCGAGUCUAUGUUAACAUAGUGACUGCCAUCUGCAUUUUAGCUGUGGACUUUCCAAUAUUUCCAAGACGCUUUGCUAAAGCUGAAACAUAUGGGAAGGGGUAUAUGGACUAUGGUGCAGCAGCUUUUGUUUUUUCAAAUGCACUUGUUUCUCCUGAAGCAAGACAGAAGAACAAAAUUGGAUCACAUUUUAAAUUUAGUUUUGCAGUCAAACAGAUAAUAGCAGUUUGGCCGUUAAUUUUCUUGGGAUUAGUUCGUCUAAUAAGUGUUAAAUCUGUGAAUUAUCAUGAGCAUAUCUCUGAAUAUGGUUUGCAUUGGAAUUUCUUUUUCACACUGGCAGUAGUUAGGAUCCUGUCAUCUUUUAUUUUUGUAUUGUGCCCUGUAAGAAGCUCAUGGAUUUUGUCAGGUGGUAUCGCCCUAUGUUAUCAAUUCCUCCUUGAAAUGACAAAUCUGAAACAAUUUAUAUUACAUGGCAGCGAUGGCAAAGGUACGAGGGAUGGGUUCCUUAAUGCUAACAGAGAAGGGAUUUUUUCCAUGUUUGGAUAUGUAUCUAUUUACAUGGCUGGUGUACAAGCUGGCAUUUUUAUUAUGAAGAGGAGGGUGUUAGUAAAAGACUGGAUAAAAAUGCAGUGCUGCCUUACCAUAAGCAAUUUUAUAUUAUUGUUGCUGUUGCAUGCGUGCGAGGCACUUGUAGAACCUGUAUCCCGACGGAUGGCCAAUCUUGCUUUUGUCCUCUGGACAGUUGAACACAGUUUGUUUUUUAUCAAUCUGUACGUGCUGGUUGAUCUUGUUUUAUUAUUUGUCAAAUUUCUGUCGGGGAUGUCUAAAGCGCCGUGUUCGUGGAACAUUUUACCAGAUACUCCCCAGCACAGAAAAGAAAAUACUUUGUCAAAAAACAAUGCUUUGGAAAAAGUAGAUAAAAACACAGUACGUUUCUGUCUUAUUGAUGCCAUAAACAGAAACCAACUAUUGUUUUUCCUGCAAUCUAAUAUUUUGACAGGUUUGGUAAACUUUACAGUGGAUACUGUUCAUAGCAGCACAUAUAUUUCCUUAUUUGUACUGAUGCUUUACAUGUUCUGCAAUUGUAUCUCUGUAUAUAUUUUACACAUCAAUGACAUCACUUUAAAGUUUUGGUAAUUCAGCAUACACAUCCUUAGUAUCGCAACACGUAAUAUAAAAGAAAACUAAAACAUUUAGAAAUGUUCAGCCAUUGGUUUAUGCCAAGAAUACAUGAAACAAUAGAAAUGUUAACUCCAAGAGAUUUGGCAGAGCAAUCAUUACUAUUCCUUGCUUUACAAUGUUGUUUUUCAUCAGAGGAUGCUGAAGCAUACAAUAUAACUUUGAUUCCACUGUUCUAGCAACAAGUCCUACUCAGCCUUUGUCCCCAAAAUGCAGUAUCCACAUGUGGGGCAGAUGUACAUGUAAAAAAUACUUAGCCCUUCCUCAGUUAAUUUUUAACAAGUUGAAAACAAAUCUGAUCCCUGCAUUAAACAAUGAUUGAUUAAAUAAAAGUCAUUGGGCAAUGCAAGGCAUUCAAGGAGGAAGUGAUUUGGGCAUAAAAUUGGACUUUGUCUCAAAGGUGAAAGGAUGAAAGGAGGGAAUUAAAACUGGUGCUUCCUUGAUGAGAGAAUAAAACAAAAUAAAAUAUAAUCUAGAAAUGUAUGACAAAUGUAAGGUUCAAGUUGGAGUAGAAGAUUAAACUGAAAGCACAAGUAUAGAGUAUUAAAAAAAAUAAUAAUGGAAAUGAGGAACAGGGACCAUGAGUAGAUUAGUAACUAGCAUAAAUAAAAAUGCAAUUGUCUUUUAUGUACACAAAUGAUGAAAGAAUAGUUGAGAGGAAUGGAUAGGGUGGAUGUUCUUAGAACCAUAGAAAAUGGUGCAGGAGAAGGUCAUCUGGCCCUUUGAGCCAGCACUGCCAUUCAAUAUGAUCAUGGCUGAUCAUGUAAAAUCAGUACUCUGUUCCUGCUUUUUCCCCAAUAUCCCUUGAUUCCCUUAGUUCCAAGAGGUAAAUCUAUCUCUCUCUUGAAACUAAUAGCUAAAUCUCACUCUCUUGGAAAAAUCUAACUCUCUUGAUGGGCAGAGAGCUGAAAGCCAAUCUCAGGAUACAGAAUGUCCCCUUGAGAGCUAAAAUUGGAAGACAUUUCUUCACCCGGAGGGUGAUGAACCCACGGAAUCAGUCCAAAUAGUUAAGUACAUUAAUGGUGGCAGAUAGAUAUGUUCUUAAUGUUUACAUAUUUCUAAUUUUUGUUAUCUAUUUCUAUUAAACUGUUGAAAAUAUCACAAUUUUACAUCAAUCUUGAAUUUUUCAGUUAUUAACAGAUUAAAAAAAAAAUUAAAUAUUAAUAUAUUUUAUUGUCUGGGGCCAUUAAAACAUUUCUUUCAUCAACCAUAAAACAUCAGUGUGUAACCAUGUAACAAAUAAGGAAACAUUAAUCUUCAGAACUGCAAAAUUAAAAUUUUAAUUUCAAAAUCGGUGCCAUUAAAUUAACAUAUGCAUAAGACUUGUUCAUUUUUAUCAAUGAUGUACAACCUUUGCAUUUAGUUUCUUCUGUAUGUGCAUUGGUCAUUCCUACUAUGUUCUCUACAUUUAGCCAGUGCUAUGUUACAGUAGUGGAAUUAUAAGCAUGGAAGCAGGCCCAUUUGACCCACCUUAAUAUUGAUCAUUUUCAUACUGGGGUAACACUUUUUGCCUGCAUUUGGUGCAUAUUAUACUGUGCAUACUAUCUG